AGUUUGUAUUCCUUGGAAACAUUUCAUUGUUUUAUCUGUUUUUUUUUGACGCUUCAAUAUUUCAGGGACUCGAGUUCCCACAAGGAAAAGACUCUUAGCAAAAGGACGGAGAAAGACUUGGGUCAUGGCUGCCCUUCCUCCCCAUUAUUCUUCCUGGUUCGGGAAACACAGACCCAAGUAUUCAAUGAGCAUCGCCACCGGAAUAAACAUUGUCCGAAUUCAGAGAACCCACAUUUAUUCAGAGCCCCACUAUCUUGAACUCACAAUUAGCAGCAAGAAUUGGAAGAAAAGGGCACUUCUCUCAGAUAGAUUUGAUUUCCUAGGAGCGUUAUCUGAUGUUUUCUUAUCCUCAACUUCAUCUUUUUGGUGCUUCUUUAAUAAUAGGAAAGAAACAAAGUGUGAGUUGGAGGCUAAGUCCAGUAAGGUGAAUUCAAGUUUAGAGACUUCUAGCGGUAAAUCAUCAAAUGUAAGGAUCUGGACCAAUGUACUUCUUGCGGUGAAUAUUUUAGCUUAUGUUACUCAAAUUGCGACCAAGGGGAAGCUGAUCUUGUGGGGAGCUAAGAUAAAUAGCCUCAUUGAUAAAGGCCAGCUAUGGAGACUAGCUACCUCAUCAAUUUUGCAUGCCAAUAUUGGGCAUCUCAUGGUCAAUUCUUACUCUCUUAAUUCAAUUGGCCCAGCUGUUGAGGGCAUUUGCGGACCAAAGAGGUUUCUUGCUGUUUACAUUGCUUCUGCAAUUGCAAGCUCAGCUAUGAGUUAUCGGUUCUGCAAGGCGCCUGCUGUUGGUGCAUCAGGAGCCAUAUUUGGACUAGUGGGCUCUUUUACUGUUUUCAUUUUGAGGCAUCGGAGUCUUAAUGAGGCGGGGUGGCAGGAUUUGCAGCAUAUUGCCCAAGUGAUUGUCCUGAACCUGGUUAUUGGCACUCUAACUAAAGGGAUUGAUAACUGGGGUCAUCUCGGUGGUUUGCUUGGUGGAGCUGCCAUUUCUUGGUUUGUUGGCCCUGCUUGGGAGUUUGUGCAUGGUACUGGGACAAAACCAGUGUUUGUAGAUAGGGCGCCUAUUCGCCUCCUAUUUCAUAGGCAAAGGAUUUUAAAGUAGUACAAUCACAUUUUUUUUAUCAUUUGAACUUUUGGAAAUAUCUUUCAUAGAGCAUGUUACUUUAUUUAAAUUUGUAUAUUUGUUAAAGGGAAAAGUUUCUAUACUUCUCCUA